AUUUACUAUGCCAGCACAUAGUAAUUUCAAUAGAUUUUACUGUCAGCGUAACUAUGGUUCAGUAAAAAUUACUGUGCAAUUCCUAAAAUCUUGCAUAGUACCAAUGAAAACAUCCAUGCUUGAGAAUACCAUGCAUGAUUUUCCGGGCUACCAUGGCGCACGGUGAUGCCGACUGAUGUUGCACUUACUUUGAAAAUGAAUGGUUUUGGUACGAAUAUUACCAUGUUAUUUUCGACAGUGUUGUUGUUGCGCGAUUUUGCGUGUCUGCCAUUUUAAUAUUUGAACGCAGUUGGCUCAGAGCGGAAGUUGUCUACAGACUCUAGCAUUUUCUAAUUUUGUGUUUGCUUUUUUAAAUUAGUGGUUUGGCAGAAUAAUAAUGACAGAAGAAAAUAUUAUAUUACUGACAAUUCCGGAAGAGGAACAACUUUCUGAUGAAGAAUAUAACAUACAGGAGCUAAACAAACUUCUGGUGGAAGAUUGGGACCUGGAUUCAGUUGUGUGUGAUAUCCUGACUGAUCACGGAAUAACUUUGCCGUACCUAAAAAUAAUGGAUCAAAAGGCACUGGACGAUAUAUUUUCAGUUCUCAAGUGGACCGGCCACAAACAUGCACUUCGUGCAAGGCUGGAAGAAUGGAAAGAUUCUGUUCUAUUUCGACCACAAGAAUCGCCUGGCAGCAGCCAGCUAAACGAACCAGGUCCAUCAGGAUCUCGAAACGAAAAGGACUACACUUCUCAUCCAGGGCCAUUCAAGCACAAAUUGUUAUCAACAGCCGUUACCAACUGCCUGUUGCUUGACAUUUUACAGCGGAAUGAGAAAGGAAAAAUUGUUUCACAAUAUUAUGGAAAAAAGCACAAGUUGAAGGAUGAGCACAAGCGCUCUUUGGCUCACACUAUAGUUGACUUCUACAUUGCUCACGAUGAGUACAUCCAUCUACCAGAUAUGGAACGUUUCGCACAAUUGAUAGUAGCCCGAUUUCCACCGGAAAUAGCCGAGACUUACUACAACCCUCGUGAUUCAGCAGCUGGAAAACUGCACCCUUCUGGUCUUUUGUAUGACCGAUUCCACAACCGUAAGAAAACUGUUCGCGCUAAACAUCGGACAACAGUUGAUCCCUGGAAGAAAUGUUGUUCCAAAAUAACAGACCUUUCAUCGGAUGAUAUCGAGCUACAAACGUCUAUCAAAAACUGGCUGCGGAAUAAUCUGGAUCCUUUCGAAAAAGUUCAACAUUCUUGGCAAAAAACUGUACUGCUUCGUUGUAAAGCCAUAGAACAAGAAACGGAUGCUAAUAAAUCGAAUGUCCUCAAUAAGUGGCCACGAAUUAGAGACCCGAACGGAUACUUACUGAUCGACGAAGAUUUCGACUACAUUUAUGGGGAUACCAGCCACUCCGAUAAACUUUACGGUAACUGGAGCUCUUUCUUGAAAGUGUUUCACGAUUAUAUUAGUUCAUGCAAACUCAAAGAUCAGCAUUCUCUUCGAUUGCUUGAACAUUUAAACGAGGAUUCGAUAGCUGAAGAUACUCGAAACUUUAUUUACUGCUGCUUAUUCCAUGCUGUUGCAAAGCCGCCAAGAACAUCUUUACGAAAGCUUCCCACCGUUCUUCAAGCUCAAAUUGACACUUGUAACGUGUGCAAUACCGUAGAGGAGUACGUAACAGAGAGAGAUACGUUGCGGAAACAAAUUGCAAAUGAAAACAAUCUGGAGUUCUCUCCAAGAAUUUUCGUGGUUGGUCAUCCUGAGAAAUUAGAAGCAUUCUACGUCGUUACUCAAAAUCUUGAGUACAAGCUUCCGUCAUUUUCACCAGGUAUUUCUACGACAUCAACUAUAGUCGUAAAUCUAAAAACGGACAAUUACUUCAACUUCUUGCAUUCCUGAAACAACACAAAU